CUUUCUUUAGGAGGUCAAAUUACGCCAGAUGGGUCCAUUCACAGAAAAAAUGAGUCCACCGGUGUCAGGAAAUGUGUAUUCGUCAAACUUCAUUCUGUCUCGUAGUUAAUGAAUGAAUUAUAGGUAAAUGAUUCAACGUAAAUUAACACUGACGUCAGGAGACAAAAGUGAAUCACAGCGAGCAGGUGUGUUCUACUGACAGUUGCUUUGCAAAGCCUAAACAAAUUUGUUUUUGGAACUUGAAAAUAAACUGUGCAAUUUAAGCUUUUUACGGACGCGACGCAACACUUAGGUUGCUAAUAAUGCAUAGAGGUAAACUGGUUAGAAAAAAGUUUAGAGCUUGCCAAAGUUUACAAUGUGCUCCAAUCCGGCUGAACGUUUCAAUUUAGUAACCGUAUAUCCAACGAAUGCAUCGCAUAAGCCUGUAUGGGGCUACGCUAGUUAGUGAGGCAGAGCGAUAACCAUUUAUUCUGAGUUCAAACAAGGAAAAGCAGACUCGAAAUUUGACCUAGUCGGCUUUAUGCCACUUUUACUAGCUCGUAGAAUCUGGAUCUUGAGCCCAGUCUCAGAAGCUUCACUUCUGCGUGGACCGCCGGACAAUGCGGUUAUACUUUUCCACUUCCCACCGGGUAAUGCGGCAGCAUUACGCCUAUGGACUCUAAUCGCCAUACCCUUAUCGUUUAUUACCCACAGAAAAUAUGAUCACCGUACUCCCCGACGUUAUAUGUAGCCUAUGGCCGUAUAUUACCCUGCCGAUUCGUGUACGACCGUAUGCGGCGCAUGUGGGCAAUGAUCUUUAUGGCCUAUACUGGCAGCCCAACAUAUCGCGUGAAGCACCGUGCUUCUCACACGCGACUGAUUUGGUGAAUGAAUGCGGCGGUGAUGAUGGCGGAGAAGGAGGAGACGUACAAUUCUUCUUCCGCAUUUUCCUGGAGUCCGACCCUGUCCUGAUUACACCGUGUGCUCUCUUCGCACGUUUCUGUGCACCCCCUCCCGUGGUAGAACGAAAAAAUAAAGUCAAUUAUACAACAGCCCUCUCUAUCCCCCGCCUCCCACUCUUUCUCCGACCACAACAUCCUAUAUCAGCUCCUCCACAUGCAUUGCGGUCCCGGGCGCCGGCGAACCGGUUCCAGCCAUGUCGGCGGGGGAUGCAGCGCCCGGCGGCGGUGACGGAGCGGAAGGAGAUCGGACAGGGGAGGUGCUGGGUGAAGACAGCUCCAGCCUCUCUGUCUCUCUCUCUGGCCUGAUGAGCCCCUCCCCCAGAGGCCCCCCCGCGCCCGCCAAUGAGCAGCACAGGAAGCGCAAGGGCAGCACGGACAACCAGGAAGCUGUGGAUGAUGUAAACAUGGAUGAUGAGCAGGACAGAUCUGAUGGAGAUGAACAGCUAGCUAAAAUGAAAUGUUUCAGAGAGCCCCACAGCCAAAUUGAGAAGCGCAGGCGGGACAAGAUGAAUAACCUGAUCGAUGAGCUGUCGGCCAUGAUCCCCACCUGCCACUCGAUGUCCCGCAAGCUGGACAAGCUGACUGUGCUCCGCAUGGCUGUGCAGCAUCUCAAAUCUCUCAGAGGGGCCUCCAGCUCUUUUUCUGAAGCCAACUACAAGCCUUCGUUCCUGCCCGACGACGAGCUCAGACACCUCAUCCUCAGGGCCGCUGAUGGCUUCCUGUUUGUUGUGGGCUGUGAUCGUGGGAAAAUCCUCUUUGUGUCCGAAUCAGUAUCCAAGAUACUCAACUACAAUCGGACGGACCUGAUCGGACAGAGUUUGUUUGACUACGUCCACCCGAAGGACAUCGGCAAGGUGAAAGAGCAGCUGUCUUCCUCUGAGCUCUAUCCACGCGAACGCCUCAUAGAUGCCAAAACUGGCCUGCAGGUCCAGGCUGAGCUCCCUGUGGGGUCCGCUCGCCUGUGCUCCGGGGCCCGCAGGUCCUUCUUCUGCCGCAUGAAGUACAACCGGGUGGUGGUGAAGCUGGAGGACAAGGAGCCGCAGCCCAGCACCUCCAAGAGGAAAGAGUUGCAGAGGUACUGCGCGGUCCACUGCACGGGCUACCUGCGCAGUUGGCCCGCCAGCCAGCAGGGGGCGGAAGAGGGCGAGGGCGACGCCGAGCCUGAGAAGGAGGGCUUCCACUUCAGCUGCCUGGUGGCCAUCGGGCGGGUUCACCCCCUGACCGCGCCUCCCCUGACCGCGCCCCCCCUGACCACGCCCCAGCCCAACGGGGAGGUGCAGGUCAAGCCCACCGAGUUCGUCACACGGUACGCCAUGGAUGGGAAGUUCACCUUCGUGGAUCAGAGAGCCACCACCGUUCUGGGGUUCUUGCCUCAGGAGCUCCUGGGAACGUCCUGCUACGAGUACUUCCACCAGGACGACCUCCCGCACCUGGCUGAGCGACACAGAAAAGUUCUACGAAGCAAAGAGAAGAUUGAAACGAACCACUACAAGUUCAAAACAAAAUACGGCUCUUUUGUCACUCUGCAGAGCCAGUGGUUUAGUUUUAUAAAUCCAUGGACCAAAGAAGUAGAAUAUAUAGUAUCAACCAACACGGUCAUAUCCCGCACAGCGGCAUCAGGAGACAAGCUGGAGCAGCCGGGCGAGGCCAAGGCUUCAGAGGAAGACGCUAAGAAGGCCUUUUCUAUCAUUCCGGGAAUCCCCAGCAGCUGUGGCACCAUGAUUUACGCAGGGAGCAUCGGCACCCAAAUUGCUAAUGAGAUGCUGGACUUCAACAGGCUGAACUCCUCUCCGUCGAGUGGCACGGUCAGCCCCUUCAGUCUGGCCCAGGACAAGUCCCCGCUCACGCUCGCUCUGACCAGUAACACCGCCAAUGUGCUAAACGGAGACGUGACGGACCCCGAGCAUGCUGGGAAGUCGGGAUCGGAAGGAGAAGGUCCUUUAGCCUCGUGUUCCAGCAGCGACGUGAUGAUGGCAGGUGCGAGCGCCCACCUGGACCUGGACACGGUGGUCGGGCCGGGCCUCGGUAGCCUUAGCAACGACGAGGCGGCCAUGGCGGUGAUCAUGAGCCUGCUGGAGACCGACACCAACCUGGGCGAGGCGGUGGACUUCGACGAGAUGCACUGGGGCCGGAGCGCCGUUUCAGGGCCGCUUGCGCGAGGUUAGCGAGAAGGCCAGCCUGAGGACUGGAGACUCGCCCGCAGCGCCGGAGGAAAGAAGAGAAACCAGUGAAGAGACUCUGUACGGUUCAGACCGCUGCACCUCUCCUCCCCUCUCCCCGCUCUCAGAAACAGGCUGCGCCUCGCUGGUAAAAACCCUUCUGAGGUGGAACUGGGUGGGAUUUUACAGACUGAGUUCCCCCUCUUUCUCUGAGCCGAGUGAGGUCACUUCCUUCUAAAUGCAGUGCCCACCAACUGACUGAGUCUCUGCUGGCUCAGGAGGGCCUUUUUGUUUUUUUUUUUGUUUUUUCGCCUUGAUGGAUCUACACUUGAACUGAGGACGGCUGCGACUGACGUGCGUGCUCACUGAUGCUUACAUACGUGUUCUGUCGGUCACGCGUGUGUUGAGCCUGAGGCUGGGGGGAGAGAUGUCACAUGACCCCGUGGGCUCGGUGUCUGUCACUGAGGCGUCGCGGGCGAUCGAAGUGCCGGUCAGCCGCGGUGCUUUUCUCCCUGGACGUUUGGCGGAAGCGCGGCGGUUUGGGAGGGGCCGUGCAGUGACUUGGGCACAGAGGCCUCGCCCCGCCCCAGACCCAGCCCC